CCUCGCGAUUCAGAGUUUCAGUACGAAUUGUCGUGUCAAGCGCACAGGAAGCGAUCGCAACCCGGAUCGGAUUGGAUCGUAUCGGAUCGUACUAUAUAAACCUAUAUCUUUUCAUAUAAAUUUAUAACGCAGACUUAACAGUGGUGAACAGCGACGAUCGCAUGUGGACAAACAAUUAAAUGUAAUGCCAAACAAAAAUAGUAAAUAUUAAUCGGCAAUGACGAGCAGAGUUAUCAAGAGAAAAAAAAAAACAACAAAAUAACUCUUAAUUUAAUCAUAACAAGAACGACUAACUAAUAAUUACUAAAUAUAAUAAUCAAACUAUGUUCUUAAAAGGCCAUAAACUUAAUUUUUAUGACAAAUACAAAUUUAAUUUUAAAAACACCACAACAAGUAGUCGACAUAUUCCAGCAAUUAAUAACCAAUAAAAUUCUAGAUGACUUACAAAACGACAACGACAAGGUCAAAAAGAAGCGCUGGGAAAAAACGAGCUAACAUGACGGCCAACACAGCAGACGAUCUGCUGGGUAAUGGUGGACAGCAGCAGGAACCCUCCACGCCCACUUCGGAUACGGAAAUGGGCGCUGGCACGACCACCGAACUCAGCGAGAUCUUCUUCGUGGACAACAGCCGUCGCAAGCAGAGCAUUAAAAUCCAGGUUAAACUUUGCCCGGAAGGAGUUUACCUGCGUCGUGAAACGGACGAAGAUGAUCAUAUCAACGAGCAGUUGAUAAGGAUUGAUGAUAUCAUUGGGUCGCGGUAUGGACCACGCUUGAAAAAGAGAGCCAGAGGUGGUCUCAACUCCUGCCGGAAUCCAAAUGUCCCGGGUCAGGAGACGGAACCCGAACCAGAUAGCGACAAUAGCGCCUAUCUGUACAUCUAUGCGUAUUUGAAGAAGGAAAAACCACUGAGACGAGUUCAAACCCUCAGGAUUCUACGAUUCCGAUCGAGCAAUGACUAUAGUGUCAAUCUACAGACCGCAGAGCAGUGGCAUCACACGAUUCGUAAGCACAAGCGUGGCAAUGGCAGUGCUUCACCCGCCGAUUGUGGCAAGCAAUUGCUCAUCUUGCUGAAUCCCAAGUCGGGUUCGGGGAAGGGACGUGAGCUGUUCCAGAAACAAGUUGCCCCCUUGCUGACAGAAGCCGAGGCUCAAUAUGAUCUACAGAUCACCACUCAUCCACAGUAUGCCAAGGAGUUUGUGCGAACCAGGAAGGAUCUCCUGGAACGCUAUUCUGGCAUUGUUGUGGCCUCCGGCGAUGGCCUGUUUUACGAAGUAUUGAAUGGCCUUAUGGAACGCAUGGAUUGGCGCAGAGCUUGCAGGGAAUUGCCACUUGGCAUCAUACCAUGCGGCUCUGGCAAUGGUCUGGCCAAGAGUGUGGCCCAUCAUUGCAACGAACCCUAUGAACCCAAGCCCAUACUCCAUGCCACCUUGACUUGCAUAGCCGGCAAAAGUACACCCAUGGAUGUGGUUAGAGUGGAGCUGGCGCCUAGGGAUAAGCACUUUGUGAUGUACUCCUUUCUGUCGGUGGGUUGGGGCUUAAUAGCCGAUAUCGAUAUAGAAAGUGAGCGGCUGAGAUCGAUCGGAGCACAGAGAUUUACACUGUGGGCCAUCAAGCGGUUAAUCACACUGAGGACCUACAAGGGCAGGGUGUCUUACCUACUGCCCAAGAGCAGGAAAGAUCAGGAGCCACCCGUGGAGACAGCCAAAGAAGCUCGAGAGAUGCCACAAGGGGAGAAGAUGCCAUCAUCAUCAAUACGCUCCUCACUGCCACUGAAUGCUGGCGAGUUUCGGGAUUUACCCGAGGAAGAUGAGGCGGAUCCGGAUGGAGAACAGUUUGCCGAUGCUAUAUCCCUGGAUCGUUCGGUUUAUCGACAGCACGUCGACAGCUGGCACUCGGCCAUGUCCCGCAGAACGGCAUAUUACUCUCUGGGAGGACCAAGUCUGCGUUCCAAUCGCAGUCGAAUGAGUUUAAGUCAGCGCAUCGAGGCAGCCAAUGCGGAGUUUACGGAGAAGGUACCAACGGGUACGAUUCCGGGACUGCAGGUGCCGCUUCAAGGUACCGAUGGCUGGGUCUGCGAGGAUGGUGACUUUGUGAUGGUCCAUGCCGCCUACACUACUCAUCUCUCCUCCGACGUGUUCUUUGCCCCAGAAUCCCGUCUAGACGAUGGCCUUAUCUACCUGGUAAUCAUCCGAAGUGGCGUGAGUCGCCAUCAGUUGCUCAAUUUCAUGCUAAGCCUGAAUACUGGCACCCAUCUGCCCAUCGGUGAGGAUCCCUAUAUUAAAGUGGUGGCCUGCCAGGCAUUCCGUAUCGAACCUAACAGUUCUGAUGGCAUUCUGGUUGUGGAUGGCGAACGGGUGGAUUAUGGACCCAUUCAGGCGGAAGUUAUGCCCGGCCUGAUCAAUGUGAUGACCACCAGUGGUCAGUAGUAGUGAUCUUAUCCAUUGGCCUAAACUAAUUGUUAAACUAACUACAUUCAGUGAAUGUCGCUUCUUUUUUUGUAGUUUAUAACCAGUUAUUUUUGUAGGAAGCUCUUUUACUGAAUUAAAAAAUAUUCUUAAAAAACUGUUAAAUCAUAUUUUAAAUGCAAGUUUGAGCUGUCCUUGCUAAUCCAUAGACAUUCUUCAGACCUUCUUUCUAUAGAAAUCAUACUCUUUCUAUAUAAGUUAAGAACUAUUUUUCAAUAGACAUUAUUAGCUACUAAAAUUCAUCUAAAUGCUGUUAUCUCUGUUUCUAUUGUUAGUCAAAUCACCCAUUCUCAUAGUUCUGAAUCGCAAUCUGUAAGUUUUCCAUCCGCCCAUGUAUCAAAAAGCACAAAAAACACAAAAAACUUCACAUUAUGCACUUAAGUAGUUGCCUAAGUUGGUUUCUAAUAACAUUUCUUUUCUUUUUUUUCCUAAUCGGUCGAUAGUGUUAGUUAUUAUAAGGACCCUUACGUAGACGAAUAAAACAAAUAAAUGUUAUAAAAAGA